UGCAGAUUGUUAGCUCUCCUCGGGACUAGAAGCGGCAGAGUUGCUGUCUGUCAGCAGAGAAGAGAACUGAAGAAACCGAACAAAGAAAGUGUAUGACCAGGAGAGGGAGGCUGAGGGAAAAGAAGACACACAGACUCCAGAUACAGGCAGCAGCAGCACCCCUGGCCACAGAGGGUUAGCACUAACACCUCCCAGAAUGUCACUUGUGUGACUUUCUCUUGUUGAAGGCGAUACUCUCUCACUCAGCGGUGUCUCUGUCCAACUCUUCCAUUGACUCCAGAGAUCUACUUUAGAGACAAUUAACAAUGCCUGGUGGUUUGGAGAAGGCGUGUCAUCAAUGCAUAUCUACAAUUGCAAGUAAUGCCUGCUUCAUUUUUGCCCUUCUAGCUUUUCUGGCACUGCCCUUGUCCAUGGCUUUCACAGGAAUGAAGUUUUUGGAGGACUGCCCCAUUGAACCACUCAUUCCCUUAUACUUGCUAGUGGGCGGGAUCAUCGGCAGUCUAAAGGUUUCCCUUCUGCUCUAUGACUCCACCAAGAUGAGGCAGCUGCUCUCCAAGUCUGUUGUGAUCGAUGAUGACGAUGACGAUGAAUAUCCCUGGAGACAGAACGCUCAUAAAUACUAUAUCCACCUCAUCCUCAGCCUCUUCCUCUUCAUAUGGUUCAUACUGGGCAACUACUGGGUCUUUUCCAUCUACCUGCCCAAUUUUAUUCCUCCUUUCCACCAGCCUCAGGAUUACUGCGAUAAAACCCUGUACCUCUUUGCCGUGAGUGUCCUGGUGAUAAGUCACUCAGUGCUAUUCUUGCUUGUCUUCUGUAGCUGUUGCAUAUAUAUUGUUUCCAGGCAAAGGUAUACUGGUGAGGAAGACUAGGAUCAAACAGACCCCAUUUCAAGAGGAAGGCAAUAACCACACUCAUUCAGAAAAACAAUGAAGAAACCACAAAAAUGCCACACCUUCCAACAGAGAGGGGGAUCUUAACCUGGGGUUUGUGAACCUGUUUUUAAAAAUAUUUUGAUAUCUAUGUCAAUAUCAUUGGUGUCUUUUGCAGUCUUACAUCUUUUAUUUUAUUUUAUGCAUUUAAAAAUAUUAUUCGAAAGGGUGUCCAUAAGCUUUACUAAACUUUGGAAAGGGCCCAUGACAAAAAAAAAAAUUUAGAACCUCUGUUCUAGACAUUCAUAUGCCUUGGUAGGGAACCCUGCUUUCUUGCUCUCACCUGCCACCUUUUACAUUCAGAAUUUCAUCCAUAAAGAAUUUUGUUUUGUUUUUUCUUGAGGUAGGGAUAGAGAAAAGGGGAAAUGGGGAAAGAUUUUCCACAUAUAGUAUUUAUU